AUGGAUCAAAAAUCCGACAAGAGAGAGAGGCCGUCACUGCCGCUGCCUCCCUACCGCGUGGCACUCCACUCGGUGCAAAGGCCUCCUGGGAAGGCGCCGCACAAGAAGCCCGACCAAUCGCCGGCGCCAAAGGUGUACCGGGUGGAUCCCAGGGGAUUCCGGGAACUUGUCCAGCAGCUGACUGGUGCCACUCGCCCGGUGACCCCGCCGCCACUCAAGAGGCCGCUGAGGGGCACUGCUCCGCUUCCGCCUCCUCUCGAAUUGGCAGCUCCGGUGAUUUCAGGUAGCGCCGAUGAGUCUCCCACAGUAUUCUUGAAAGAGCUCUUGUCUCCAUCUUUGUUUUCGAGCUGGUAUUCCUUUCCACUCUUGAGCCCCCUUGUCCACGUUGGCAGCAUGGAGCAAUAG